AUGCCACGUAAGGCGCCUCAAGUCAAGUCGUCAGCGCCAAGUCCGGCACCUCCAGGAAAGUUGUCAGCGCCAAGUCUAGCACCUCAAAUCAAGUCGUCAGCGCCAAGUGUGGCGCUUCCAGUCAAUUCAUCAGCGCCAAGUCUGGCGCCUCCAGUCAAGUCAUCAGCGCCAGGUCCGGCGCCUCCAGUCAAGCUGUCAGCACCAAUUGCGGCGCCUCCAGUCAAUUCUUCAGAGCCAAGUACGACACCUCCAGUCAAGUCGUCAGCGCCAGUUCUUGCACCUCCUGUAAAGUCAUUCGCGCCAGGUCCUGCACCUCAAGUCAUGUCAUCAGCGCCAGGUCCAGCACCUCAAGUCAAGAUGUCAGAGCCAGGUCCGGCGCCUCAAGUCAAGUCAGGGCCAGCUCCGAUGCCUCACAUCAAGUUGGCGCCAGGUCCGAUGCUUCACGUCAAGUUGGCGCCAGGUCUGGCGCCUCAUGUCAAGUCGGCGGCGGCCCCUCCUGCAGCAGCUCCGCCACCAGUCAAGUCGUCGACUCCGCCUCCCGUCAAGUUAGCGGCCCAGCCUCCAGUCAAGUUGGUGCCUCCUCCUGCAGCGGCUCCACCUCCACUUAAGUCGGCCCCUCCCCAAACCAAGUCAGAGGCUCCGCCUCCACUCAAGCCAGUGCCUCCCCAACUCAAGUCAGAGGCCCCACUUCCACUCAAGCUGGCGCCUCCCGUCCAGUCAGCACCUGGUCCAGCACCUCCAGUCCUGUCAGCGCCAGGUCCCGCACCUCCAGUCAAGUCAGCUCCAGGUCCCGCGCCUCCCAUCAAGUCAGCACCUCCGCCUGCAGUGCCUCCCGCCAAGUCAGUGCCAGCACCUUGUCUCCUCUGCCCCAGACGCCAGCCUCCCAGACUCCGGCGUCAUCUCCUGUGCCCCAAGGCUUGUGACUAUAGUUGAGGGUUGGAACGUAGAUUGACCGGUAAAUCGAGAGGUUUGCCUCUCAGUUCAGCUUUCUCUUCACCACAACAGGCCGGUACAAUGCCCGCAUCACUGCAGACGGCCUAUUGAUUUUACUGUCCAUUGUUCCAUCACUGAUGAACAAGUUCACAAGUUCAGAAGAGUCUUUUUGGGGGUUAGGGUAACCCCCUUUGUCUGUUGAUUUUUGAAAUUGAAGAUGCUGUGCUAAAAUUAAUCAAUAGUUAAAACAUCUUCCUAAAAUAAUCCCUAAACAAGAACAAAACCCUAACCCACAUCACUGCAGACGCGGCACCAAUCUACCUAUUGAUUUUGUGCUCCACCUUUCCCUCACUCAUGAACAAAGUACAUACAUUUCAUAAAAGCACAUAGUGACUUGGUUCAAUCAGUCCGUCAAUUUAAUCUUAGAAGAAUAAUAAAGUAAUAUCAACAGGAUGUUCUUGUUAAGGAUUUCACUCAUUUGAAUGGUCAGAAGUUGAGGAGUCUCAAUUAUCCUUUGGGACUCUAUGGGCUCCAAGGAAGCAUUAUUUGAGUGAUUACGUUUUUUGUAACCUUUGCAAUAAAUAUUUGCUACAUCAGCAAUAAUAGUUGUGUACCACACAUGCCAAAAACAGGAAGUAUGUGGACUGUGAAUGCUAAAAGUAGGUUAUACCUCCAUGUACUAAAAAUUGGCAAAAUGUGCAGAAGAAAUCACAAUGUGGCUCGUACACCUUCAUUAUGUGAAGUAUGUUAGAAUAUCAGCACAUACCCAGGGUAGUUGUUAUGUAGAAAUACAGUGAAAGUGAAAUGCCAUUCUACCACAAGAACAGGAGAAUUAGCAGAAUCAAAAGUGUAUAAACAGGUAGAAACUGUUUAAAACCAUCUUGCUCCUAUUAAAACUAUAAAUAAAAGAGCAGCAAUGAGCUCCCUACUCUAUUUUCAUGACCCUGAGGUUCAUUUCCUUCCCACACGGUCUUAAGAUAUUUAGUAGACUUGCAAAUGAGAAUAAUUUGUCAGACAAUUAAAGGGGCUGAUAGGCAAGUUUUAUGUUUUCAUUUGCCAUUAUGCAAAAGAUGCAGAUUGCACAAUGUAAUUGCCAUAGCAUAAUGACACCAUUGUUGUUCAGAGGGGUUCUCAAUGAACCUUUCUGUCUCAGUGGAACACUGCCUGCUGCUGGAAAUAACAGAAAAAGAACAGCUUGAUUUGUAGUAUACGCAAUGGGCAUAUGAGGUGGUGCAACCUUAUGUUUUAGUGAAUUUUAAGCAAUAUUAGUGGUUUUGUAUUACUAGCUAAUGUAAGUUUGAAAAUGAAUGGAAAUGCUAGUGUCGUCUAUUUUACAGGAGCCUGAUAAGAGGUCCAACUUUCUUUAUGUUGUUACUAGUGACAACAUUUAUUAAAAACUAGAAUUACUCUCUGGGCAUGUCUGGUUUCUCUUCACCACCACCGUCUCCAACUUUUGUAAGAGGUUAAAUAUCUAUAGAGUUGAAAAAAGGGAAAGCAAAAAUAAAAAAUAAAUAAACAAGCAAUGGACAUUUAUUUAGCUUCAUUCCGAGUGGACUCUAUAAAAACAAA